GGGUCAAGCCAGGGACUUUUUUUUCUCUGGAUAAAAUCCUCUCGCGUCCUGUCCGAGCGAGUGUCCCACCACAGUCAUCAUGGAGCUGGAGGCUUUCCUGCUGCUGCCUCUCCUGCUGGUCUCUUGUGCGUCCCACCAUAAGGCGACAGUGUCCUGGUGUGUGGUCUCGGAUGCGGAGCUGCAGAAGUGUCUUGACCUGGCUGGCAACGCCACUGCUCGGAAUAUAAGAGGAACUUUGGAGUGUGUUCGGGGACUGGACGCGAGGGAUUGUAUGGACAAGAUAAAGAAUGGCACGGCAGACGCGGCCUCCAUGUUUGCCGACGACAUCUACGCGGCCAGUCUUUGUCAUGGCCUGGAGCUGGCUGCAGGGGAGUCCCACAACGGAGUUGACGGGAUCAGCUACUACGUGGUAGCCAUGGCCCGACGCUCCUCAUCGGACCUGUCCCUGCUGGAGAUGCACGAGCGCAGCUCCUGCCACCCCGGGAUGAGGACCACGGUGGGCUGGACGGUACCCAUCGGCUACCUGGUCAACACGUCCCAGAUCAGUGUGGGGGAGCAGUGCAACUUCCCCAGGGCUGUGGGGCAGUUCUUUGGUUACAGCUGUGUGCCAGGAGUCAAGGACCCCAAACACGACCCGCGCGGAAACAACCCCAAGAACCUGUGCGAGGCCUGUAUCGGCGACGAGAAUGACCGACACAUUUGUGCCAACAACCACAGAGAGAGACACUACGGAGAGGCCGGAGCCCUGAGGUGUGUGGCAGAGAAUCUCGGUGACGUGGCGUUCAUCAAGCACACGACCAUAUAUGAGAAUCUUGACGGAAAGAACCAGGAAUCAUGGGCCCUGGACUUGGAGCUAGAAGAUCUGAAGCUCCUGUGUCCAGAUGGUACCGACGCGGGGCUGGAUGAGUUCCAGCAUUGCCACCUGGCGGCGGUACCUGCUAAUGGCGUGGUGGUUCGGCUGGAGGAUAAAUGCCGCGUCUGGAAGUUCCUGGAGCGGCUGCAGAACGUGUUUGGCAACGCCACCGAGGGCUUCCGUCUGUUCAGCUCGGCGGGCUACGCCGAACCCGAUCUGCUCUUCAGCGACGCCACCCACCACCUGCAGAGGGUGGUGGGGAGCUGCGCCUCCUGGCUGGGCCGCUCUUACACCGCCGUGCUUCAGGCCUUCGAGUGUGAGGGCUUCUGCUGAUGGAACAGGAGGAAGACAUCCAGCGCAUCAACUUCCACCCAAUCUCUCUGCCGUCCUCCCGUUCUGCCUUCCCUCCCUGCCAUCUGUAUCUCUCACUCUGCCUCCCUCUUCCUAUUUGGUGCUUGUAUUCAGCCCUUCCUCCCCUUUCUUCCUCCCAUUACUGCUGCCUCUCCUCCAUCUUCUCUCUCCUCAUUUGUUGGCCAACAUGAUAGAAUACAGUUGAGGCUAUUAAUCCCUUACAUCCCAUUUGCAUCCCAUCAGACUAUGGGAAAGAAGCAUAGAAAAAGCAUUGGUUUCUUAUUUCACAAAGACCUGUUUCUAGGGAAAACAAACCUCAUUUCCAGCUCUGUCGGAACCAGAUGUGCUCCAAUGGUCAGAUGAGACAGACGUAUUUUAGCGACCUGCUUUUGUUGUGACGUGCUCUCAUGACGAAAACUGAAGUUACGGUCUGAGGCACACAUCAAACUGGAGGCCUGGGGGCCAAAUGUGGCCGGCCCAGCCAUUUACUGUGGCCCGCAAGAGCCGCAAAGAGGGACUUUGUUGGAAGGGGAUGGUUGUUUGUAGUUGGACUGUAGUUGGAUGUGGUUUGACUCCCAGGCUGGAAGGGCUGAUUUCCUAGGAACCCUGAUGCUAUGAGGACCAGAGCGGGGUCCGGAGACCGUGCCUGAGUCACAUCCUUUUACAUUUUUAAUUUACAUUUAGGGAUUCAAUCACACUGUUACACGCUACACCGAGUUUCUACAUCAUACUUGUGUACUCCGGUUUCCUCCCGCAGUUCAAAAGCACACAGAAAUGAUUUGGUGACCCUAAGUUCUCCAUUGGUGUAUGCGUGAAUGUUUGUUCAUCGACAUGUUCAUGGAGCCCCCAGCCUCUAGCCCCAAGUAGCUGGGAUAGACUCCAGCUUGUAGAAGCACAUGAACCGUGGAUGCUUCACCCGCCGCAUCCAUCAUAUAUUGCUACAGUGGAGACUCUUAAAAAUGGUGACGUUAGGAAUAAAGGAAGGAAAUAUCAGUGAGUCAGUUAAGCGAAACAUGAAUGCUUGUCCGAGGAAGAACAAUUUUGCCAUGUUUGAUUUGUGAAAACCGAUUUGAGCCCUGAGCACAUCUGGUACCUAGACCCUGAGAACGUCCCCCUCGCUUGGCCCUUCCUGCCCCCCUCCUCUGCAGGGUCGAUCUCUGACACUGAACAAUUGGGUGCUAUUAACUUCAAGCUUAGAAAGUCUCAGUUACUGUUUGUGUGUGAGUUUGUGUCUUUCCCAGAGCCAGUAUAAUUGGAAGUCUGGCAUGUUAUACAGAGCGUGUGUGUGUGUGAGAGAGAGUGUGUGUGUGUGUGUGCAUUAAUGCAUUUGUGCCUUUCCCAUGACUUGUAUAAGAUUACUUGUGUGGAUCACUGCGCUCCUGGUGCAGAGGGCCGGCCUGUGCCAGCUCCUCGUGUUUCCUGUCUCAGAGUUCCGGCCUGCUUGACCCUCCUGCGCAUUUGAAGAGCUAUUUUCUCACAAUUAUGGUCCAAAUGUUUUCCUCUGCAGAGAGAAGCGCACACACCAACAUGUUUAUGAGAGUUAUUCUACUGAGAAGACAUGUUUGGAACGGAGACUUGACAGCACAGUUGGUCGUGUUUAGAAAAAUGUACCAGUGAAUUAGCAGGCUGAAGGGGU